CAAUUAUCAAUUCCGUGGUCAAUCAUCCAAAAUACUUUUAACUACAUCAUCACAACCAAGACACGUUCAAACUCCACUUUUUUUUUAAUCCCCCCUCCAACUCUCCAAACCCACCUUUAUAAGCAAGAAAAAAUUAUAUCACUAAAAUGAAUCAACAAACACAAGCUGUGAGCAAGCCACCCAAGAGAGAUCGAUCGAUAGUAAUGUCUUUAGAGAAGGAAGAGCAAGUGAAGCCAUUAGCGCUAAACCCAGCGUUAGCCGUAUCACCAACGGUGCACCCGAUCGGUCACAGCCACGAUGAAGAGGCCGCACGUUGGUGGAAAUCAUCACAAUACCUCCGCAAACGCCGUUGCUUCAUCUGGUGCUGCGGGUGUUGCGGUGCGCUCGUUGUUAUCCUCGGUGUAAUCAUCCUCAUUCUCGCACUCACGCUCUUCAAAGUCAAAGACCCCAGGCUCACCAUGAACUCCAUCCACAUCGACACGCUCAACUUCGGGUCACGCGAUGUCAACGACCCGACCAACCUGGCCGACCAGAUAUCUUUCAACGCGACGCUCAGGGCCGACAUAUCGCUCAAGAACCCGAACAUAGCUUCGUUCAAGUUCGACAAAAGCACGACCAUGUUCUAUUACCAGGGCGAGACGGUCGGGGUAGCGUACGCGCCUGAUGGUAACAUCGGGUCGCACUCGACCGCGAGGAUGAACGUGACGGUGGACGUGAUGGCUGAUCAGGUGGCCAAAACAAGGUUCAAUUUCAGCUUGGUUGGAACAAGUGUGAAUUUGACUAGUUUUACCGACAUAUAUGGGAGAGUUAAUGUUUGGGGGAUUUAUAAGCGUGAUAUUGAGAUAUUGCUUAAUUGUUCAAUGACUGUGGAUCUUAAUAUUGUUGGUCAGGAUGCGAAGAACAAGGUUUGUCAAGCAAAUGUUCGGUGAAUCUCAGUGAUAGCUUGCUGUUAGCAACGCAGCGUCUGUUGUCACUGUAUAUGUUAAUUUGUAUAUGUUUUCAGAGUGUUUUUUGGAGUUUGAAUGUAUUUAAUUUGGGUUUUUUGUUUCUUGAAUGAAAGUCAAUAGCGAAUGAAAUUCCGUGAAGUUUCCUGAACACAGAUGGGUUUGG